GAUAAAUAUCGAGUAUCCAUCAGUUCUGUGCGGAAGAGUUAUGUAUCACCAGUGUGGCUAACCAUCACAAAGGCAUCCUCAAACCUACAAUGGCUACGGAUAUACACAUCCAGCACGUCGAAAAUGUCAUCAAAUACAAGUUCAAGACGAAAGCUUUAAUUUCCCAAGCACUCAUAGCGGCUGGAGCCGAUGAGAAUAAUUAUGAUGGCUAUAGACGACUGUCUCAAAUUGGAGCAUCCUUAGUGGAUCUUCUUCUAGCUAUCACAGUAUAUGGGACGGGUGUUGACAGGAAGAGCACCCACAAUUUACGACAGGAAUUUAUCCUCAAAGCCCACUAUUCGCUGGCUGCCAGGCAAACUGGCAUUGACGGUUGUAUCAAAAGAAACGAGCGAACCGAGAAAGCCUCACCCGAGGUUCACCGGAAAGCAAUCAAUGCAAUAAUAGCCGGCGUGUUCUUGGAUAGUUGGGAUAUAAAGGCUGCUUUGUGUGCCACGCUGAAGUAAGACCAAUGGGCUCAGUGUGGUUGAUUGAAGGGGCUAACGCGGGUCGCCAACAAGUAUCUUCAUUGAUGCCAACAAUGGUUCUCGCCCACGAAUGUUAUCUGCUUCAAGCCCUACGAUGGAGAUUUUGCCUGUUAUUCUACAGCCAGUAUUAGCGCAAAAUACCGGAACAGUGAGCCCGGCCUUGGUGUCCCGGCAAUCGGAGGGAGUACAGUAUGAAGAUGCGAUAGUAUACACUCUAUUUGACCCGGGGAAUCGGUUGCCCAUCAGCCGAUCGCCGGAACCUCAAAUGGAUGGGUUAUCGAGAGAGCCCUCAACGACAGCCCCCGAACUGGACAUGGACUGGUGUUUAAAUGAGAAUGCACUUGAACAGGGUACGACCGUCGAAAACUACGUUGUCGUCUCAUCUCUGAGCACGUCGACAUGUGUCAUAGAACCGAAUACCGAAGCAAUGUCGACUACUCCCGAGGAGCAAGAGAACGAUCGGUUGGUGAGCCGUUGUCAAUCGGACAGUGGAGCACAAUCCGGCACGACUCAGACCACGAACUCAAAGAGGACCACUUCCCCCACUGUGCGCGAGUGCAUCCAGCAUAUGAUCAACGAAUUCGUAGCGCAGGAGAGACAAAAGUGCACGGCGAAAGGGCUUGAGCCAUUUGUUGAUGAAUAUUUGCGCCCAGAAAUCCAACAUCGGCUUGUUAGUCUUGGAAACAAAUUCCUUGCCACACUUUUUUUGAAGAUAGGGGGGCCACAGCAGAUCAUAGCCCUCCGUGGGAUCGCAUGCGACGAAAGAACCGAAAAUAUCGGCCAUUCAUUCUUGAUCGAUGCUGAGCUUUCAAUUGCAGAGCGGCUACGGCUGAUCUUCGCCCUGGAUGUAAAAGUUGCGGGUACUCAGCUUUCCCGGUGGUACCACAUUCUCGAGCUGUUCAAAAAUUGUGGUGGUUGCGAAGCUCUUUCGUUCAGUGGGAAUCUACAUACUACGCCGGCCACUUUUGGCGGACCAAGGCAAAGCCGCGGAAAUCCCAUACACAAAGAGGAUGCACGCGUGGUUAAAUACAUGCUACAUGAGUGCUUUCCGGAUAUAACAGCUGACUCCAGUGAGUUUAGGUCCAAAUUGGGUCGUAUGAAGCAGAUACGAAAACUCGGUAAAAGACUGCAUCUGCUCGUGGGAAGAUUUGGGGAGGGAAUAUUGGGGCUCAUGUUUGAUCUGGGAACGAAGAAUGACACCAUGGCUACUGCAGAUUCCAGGCUUUUGGACCCGACCGACCGUACGUUCAACAACUUUGUUGAUCUUCUCGAUGAUUCCCAAGGUGACAUCCUUCGGGAAGCCAGUAACUCCGUUCGGCCAUUGUUCUUGGCUCUGUCGUGCGGCACGCUGUGGUUCCAACAACAAUUUCCUUUAGAGACAAUUGAUACAAGUAAGAUUUUAGGGCUGGCGAAAGGUUCACCGUCUUUAUUUCAACUGAUUCAAUAUGGAGAAAAUUCUUUGCCAAUGUGACUUCGACGCACAUGCUUUGUGGAACACAAGCAGGAAUGAGAGCCUUGGCGAAAUUGUUCAACCACAAUUCUCUAGGAUUUUGCUCCCCUACUAGUACAAAUUUAAGCAAUUCAGAAUAAAAUCUUGAUGAAGAUACGUAGCCGG